CGGUCUUUGAAGUCCACCACUCACUAGCUACUCGUAGCACAGCAAGUUACUUUCCGACUCUUACCAACUCAUUCUGGCCCAAGUUCACGCAGGUUCACGCGCAGUUCCUCCUUACUUGGGUUGCUUGGGGGCAGAGGGCUUGUUGUUGUGAAGCCUGAGUGGGGCAGCUCUAGUUGCCCGUCUGCCUUGGCUGUGUAAAGACACGCGGAAUGCCAUUGUGUUGGGUGGGGAGUAGAACAUACCAGCGCCUUUCCAUUUAGGAUAAUAUAAGGCUUACUUCGGCCCCGUCCUGGACUCUUUCUAUGGGGAGGUAAUACCGAUAGUCUGAAGCGAUUCACCGUUCUCAGUGAACUAGCUCACAAAAGAAUCAGUGUGUAACUUUAGAUCUCUGGCAUGGCGCUGGCCGUAACGUCUUGGAGGGAUCCACCGCCGACUGCUGGAGUCUCGGUACCGGAAACCGACCUAACGCCGCAGACACCGACAGACAGUCAUAACGGUCCUCCUCCGCCCCCACAGCCCAGUACGACAUCGCAGACUGUAGAUAAAAACGUUCAACAUAUGGAAUGUGUGGUCUGUGGGGAUAAAAGCAGUGGUAAGCACUACGGCCAGUUCACAUGCGAAGGUUGUAAGUCCUUCUUUAAAAGAAGCGUCAGACGGAACUUGACAUACACCUGUCGCGGAAACAGAAACUGCCCAGUUGACCAACAUCAUCGAAACCAGUGCCAAUACUGUCGGCUCAAGAAGUGUCUCAAGAUGGGCAUGCGCAGGGAGGGUAGGUUCCCAGCUGUACAGCGUGGACGUUUGCCUCCCACACAGCAUGGCCUCCCUGGUCAGAUGACGUUAACCAAUGGAGACACUUUAAAUGGUCAUUCGUAUUUGUCCAGUUUUAUAUCGCUCCUCCUCAGAGCAGAACCCUACCAGCCCACGCGCUAUGCCCAGUGUAUGCAACCCAAUAACUUCAUGGGGAUUGAUAAUAUCUGUGAACUAGCGGCUCGCCUGUUGUUCAGCGCUGUAGAGUGGGCAAGAAAUAUACCAUUUUUUCCCGAUCUUCAAAUAACUGACCAAGUGGCUUUGCUCAGACUUGUCUGGAGUGAACUCUUUGUGUUGAACGCGUCCCAGUGCUCCAUGCCUCUGCACGUGGCGCCUUUAUUGGCGGCCGCUGGACUACAUGCCUCACCUAUGGCAGCGGACCGCGUGGUGGCGUUCAUGGACCACAUCCGAAUCUUCCAAGAGCAGGUGGAGAAGUUGAAAGCUCUUCAUGUGGAUGCUGCCGAAUACAGCUGUCUGAAGGCGAUCGUUCUCUUCACAACAGAUGCUUGUGGAAUUUCAGACGUUGGACACAUCGAGAGUUUACAAGAAAAGUCACAGUGUGCUUUAGAAGAAUAUUGUAGAACACAGUACCCUAAUCAGCCUACUCGCUUCGGCAAGCUCCUUCUCCGUUUACCUUCCUUGCGGACAGUCAGUUCCCAGGUGAUAGAACAGUUAUUCUUCGUUCGGCUGGUGGGGAAGACACCCAUUGAAACCCUCAUAAGAGACAUGCUCUUAAGCGGCAGUUCUUUCAACUGGCCGUAUAUGUCGUUACAGUGACCGGAAAGAACAACACAGAUAUGCGGUCAGGUUUUCAAGAUGGUCGCCAUUCCUUCUCGCCGAAAUGAGGCAGUGUGUAAAUUCCAUGUUUACGCGGCACAACGAUCCUAGUUGUUGUUUUCACGGAAAAAAUAAACAUUGUCUGGAAUAUGGCAAUAGAAGUCUAGAAAUACCAGUGAAAACCAAAAGUGUUCUAACAACGAUAAAAAGUUUAUAAGCAUUUUAUUGUUACUAUGUACGAAGCUAAACUCAUCAUAAUGUGCUGUAUAUACGCGUUGUUAAGGGCCAACUCUUCUUAUAUUACUAAAUGAUUACGGAAAACCCUGCAGACUGAGGAAGAAAACCUGUUUGUUUUAUUCAUAUAGUUCCCAGUCACCGAAGAACCGUAUUGAGGUUUUUUAUAGAGUUGUGCUAAGUCGUAGACUAUAAUAUAGUGCUUUAGUACAUCUGCUUUAAUGAUGAUAUUUUGAGUGCAAAAGUGCAUAACUAUAUAGAUUUCUACACAUCAAAGUGCCGGUGAAAAAGAAAAAAAAGAGCCGUGUCGAGCUUUACUCUUUUCACACCUCCUCUUGCUGUGUUCAAUAUUAAAAGUUAAUGAAAUGAUUUCUAAGCCACGAGAUGUCGUAAAAUGCAAUGGCCAAACAUUUGUUACAUAGACCUAGCUCUUAUAACUUGCUAUGGUUGUUAUCAACUUAACCAAACAGUUUAUUUCAGACACUGGUGUAUAGCUAACUUGUUGUAAAGUGUUCUCUUAUGAUUAAGUGUUGUUGUCUUUGAUAAACAUAAUGAAUUUAUUCAAUUGAUGUAUAAAUAUAAACAUUUCUUGACCCCAUGCCUGAAAAAAAAAUCAGGGUUAUCCAACCCUCUACGUUUUCAAUCAUUCUUUACAAAACUUGUCUUUUCCUUUCCAUUAGAACAAAUAGCAAUAAAAUUUGAAAUACUGACACAUCGAAAAAAUAUAUAUAUAUGAUGUAGUGGUGAUAGUGGAAUUUAUAAAAAUUUAUAACUAUUCAAAAGAAGCUCCAUAAAAUUAACGAGUAAACACCUGCUUAGAAACGUACUUCACUCUAAAAUGUUUCGACACAAUGACCUGAUCUUGUGCAUAACACGUCAAUGAAGGUUCGUGUAAUUUCGCUUCAGCUAACAGAAUUUGAAGUAUAUGAGAAAAAGUUUAUUUUGUAUUCUUAAAUCUGAAACUUUUAAUUAAUAUUCUUCAGUAUGAAAUAAAUUCAUAAAAUAUUUAUACUUAUCUAAUGCCUUAUUUCUUUUUCGGUAAAAAAGUUUUAUAUUAUUAUAUAUUACAUUACGAUAAAGGAUUUUACGACAAUGUUAAAACAUACUUGUAAGCGCGUGCAUUUUUCGUAUCAAGUGGGCAUGUUGAAGUUCCAAAUUAUUAAUAAGAAUCACCAUGGUUUAAAGAACCUCAUUUGGUUGCAAUAUCUGUCAGAGUCUUUAUUUUUCUUGCUCACUUUCAUAGAACAUUAAGAUGGCGAUAAAAAAUGUUUUCUUUCACUCCUCUUAAUAUUUUUUUACCUUCAUUAAACAAUGAAUUUAAGAUUUUUACGUUGAACUACUUUUUACCGGAAUAAAAGUUUUUACUUAAGUUCAAAAUAAACUUCUAAACAAACAUGAAAUGUUAGUACAAUAAACUUGAAAAAAUUAGGCCUGGAAAACAUAAAAAUAUGAAUUUUCUGUUGGAAAAAAUAAUAGAAAGAGAUAAAUACUUGAAUGGUAAGAUAUAAAGAAGAUGUUGGAUUUAUUUUCAAAUAAACAAUUUCUUUCUUUACUUAGUGAUCAGCGUCGAAAGAAAUGUUAGAGUAACAUCAAUUUGUUCGGAUAUAUUCAUAAGUUAUUUAAUGCAAUAACCCAAAUUCACUUUAAGUAACAAUAUUUUCCUUUUUCUGGUGUGUAUUAUACUGCCCGAUGAUGAAAUUUACAAAAAUUAUUAGCUGGAACAUAUGGACGGUUAUUUAUGUAAUUUCAUGACAAUUGCACUUUUUAUAUUACAGUCUUGAAAUGAAAAAAAAAAAA